AUGGAUUCAACAGCUACUGGUUUAAAGAGGAAUUCAAAUGAUAUUGCUUGGGAAUUUGCUAUUUGCCCAUAUCCUACAAACUUGCAUAAAUUGAAGUGUACAUUGUGUGGAAAAGUUUAUAGUGGAGGGGCUUCAAGAAUGAAACAACAUAUUGCUCAUGUGAAAGGAAAUGUAGCUCCAUGUCAAAAGUCUACCAAAGAUGAUCAGUUGAGAUGUCGAGAUGCUAUCAAUGAAGGAAAGUUAAAAAAGAAGGGAAAACAAGCACAUGAUGAAGCGUUAAGAUCGGAGGUGAGAUUUGAUACUAAUGAAAACAUUAGUAUAGACACGGAUGAAAUAGAGAAUAAUUUUGGGAGCUUGAGGGAACCAUAUGUUAUAGGCCCGAUGGAUAACUUUGCAAACACAUUAAACCCCGAAGAAUCUUUGAAGUCGGGAAAAGGCAAAAAAGUUGAUAUUAACAAUGCUAUUCGGAAAGAAAGAAUAUCAACUGUGAAAAGUUUCAUUGGUAGGUGGGCAUAUGAGUGUGCAAUUCCUUUUCAUGCCUUCGAAAAGGAUAGCUUUAAAAUGAUGGUGGAGGUAAUCGGCCAAUAUGGAACCGGGCUUCCAACUCCUACUAGGUAUGAGUUGAGUAACACAAUUUUAAAAAAAGAAGUUGAAAGAACAAAAAAUUUAGUGAAAAAAAAUGAAGAAGAAUGGAAACAAGAUGGAUGCUCGAUUAUGACGGAUGCUUGGUCUGAUAGAAAGAGGAGGAGCAUUAUGAAUUUAUGUGUCAAUUCAAAGAUGGGUACCGUUUUUUUAUCUUCAAAAGAAUGUUCGGAUGAAGCACAUACAAGUCAACAUAUAUAUGAGUAUGUGGAAUCUUGCAUUCAAGAAGUUGGUCCCGAACAUGUUGUUCAAAUAGUAACCGAUAAUGCCACGAAUAACAUGGGAGCCGCAAAGUUGCUAAAAGAGAAAAGACCAAAGAUUUUCUGGACAUCAUGUGCGACACAUACCAUUAACCUUAUGCUUGAAGGUAUUGGUGGGCUUCCAAGGUUCAAGAAAGUCUUAGAUCAAGCAAAGCAACUAACCAUCUUCAUUUAUGCCCACCACAAAACAUUAGCUAUGAUGAGAAAAUUCACUAACAAAAGGGAUAUCAUCCGACCGGGUGUCACGAGAUUUGCUUCCGCCUAUCUAACAUUACAAAGUUUGUCUGAAAAAAAAGAGCAACUAAGGCAUAUGUUCUCUAGCAACGAAUGGGAAGAAUGUAAAUUUUCAAAUGCAGUUAAAGGGAGAUCUAGUCAUACAUUGGUGACAGGUUCCACAUUUUGGGCGGGUGUGGCACUUUGCUUAAAGGUGUUUUCCCCUUUGGUGAAAGUUCUUCGUAUGGUUGAUGCGGAUUGGAAGCCCUCGAUGGGUUUUGUUUAUGGUGAGAUUAAAAAAGCAAAAAAAGAAAUCAUUGAUGCUUUAGGCGGUAACAAAAAAGCAUAUGAGCCUAUCAUAAAUAUCAUAUCAAAGAAAAUGAAAGGUAGACUAGAUUCAAAAUUGCAUUUGACGGCUUAUCUUCUAAAUCCUUAUUAUCAUUAUAAGGAUCCGUAA